UAAAAACCAAGAUGGCGCAAAGAUAGUCGAAGAAAUUUUUUCCCGAAAGUUGUAGCAACUUUGUGACCAAAGACGUCCCCCACCAUGUGUGGUCUAUGCUGUGUUUUAUCACGGAGAUCUGCUGGAGCUUCUCAGUCCCCUUCGAUCGUCCAAGAAGUCCAACAGAACAUAUUCCGUAGAGGUCCCGACUGUCAUCACAUCCUUCAGGACCUCUGUCUGACCUCUGACCCCACCACACGGCAUUAUGGGACAUUUCUGGGCUCGGUGCUGCACAUGCGAGGAGAGAUUACCCAGCAGCCCUGUCAGGACCAGUGGGGGAACAUUCUGCUAUGGAACGGGGAGAUUUUUGAUGGGAUAAAGGUGGAAGAGGGCCACAAUGACACGUCUGUCCUCCUACAACUGCUUGCUGCCGUCCAUGGUGAGGAGGGUCUCCUCCAGGUGUUCCAGAGCAUCAAGGGCCCAUGGGCAUUCAUCUACUGGCAGGCUGGUUCCAAACAGCUGUGGUUUGGCAGGGACUACUUUGGCCGGCGCAGCCUCCUGUGGCGCGGGGAAACAGACGUGUUUGCACUCAGCUCAGUCACAGUCAGGCCAGCGCUGCAGGACAGCCAGUGGCAGGAGAUUCCAGCCAAGGGAAUCUUUUGUAUUCCAAUGGAAUCAUGGGUAGCUGACACACCGUUGUCAAUCAAAUGGUUUCCAUGGCAACAUAAAAAUGGGACCGCCCAUUCUAGCUGUCCUGACCCAUUUGCUGAUGAAGCUGGCAAUUUAUGGACAGGUGUGAGAAUUGAAAAGAUGGACAGUGGUCCACGGUCACCGGUUUUACCCUUCAAUUGCGAACUUCCUGACAUUGAAAGUCAAAACGUUGACUUAUCGAGUCCAACGGACAGAACUAGUGUUAAAAAUGGCCUUCAGUUGGCAGCAAGUAGUUCCACAGAAGCAAGUUGCGGCCCUGGUAGCAUUGCAAGGUGUGAUGUCAACGAUCUACGCAAAGGUACGGAGAAACUUGCAGCGAUGCCGGACAUUUUGGACCAGAUUGUUGAUGAGAAGCUGAAGACGUUGGCAGUCCAGUUGAUCACAGUUCUUGGGGAGGCCGUCAAACGGAGGGUGUUCAAUGUCCCCAGGGAGAGAGGGUCUAAUACAGCCAAGUCCACCGUUCAAAAACAACAUGUUGAACAGCUUGACUCAUUGGAAAACCUCCAGGAUAGGGCCGAGCAACUCCUGCUCUCUGAUGAUGCACGUGGAGAGGCUUGUGCUGCACCUGCUGUGAAAACCGGCUGUCCUGAAAUGUCUUCGAAGGUGGAAAUGAGGACAGCAGCUGUGCAGGACUCAACUGAAGAGAACUGUCCUGAAAAGUGUCGAGUGGCCAUUUUGUUUUCAGGAGGAGUGGAUUCAAUGGUUAUAGCAGCCUUAGCUGACAGAUUUGUCCCACCAGAAGAGCCCAUCGACCUCCUGAAUGUUGCCUUCCAACAGAAAGAGAAACAACACCAGCCUGGGAAGAAGAAAGGGAACAAAAAGCAGGAAGAGGUUGUCCACAGUCAUUCCUUUCAGGUGCCUGACAGAGUCACAGGGCUCCAGGGGCUGGAGGAGCUGGUCAGGAUCAACCCAAACAGGCACUGGAACUUUGUGGAGGUGAAUGUGACCUUGGAUGAACUGAGGGAGAGGAGGUCCCACCAUGUGAGCCACCUGCUGUAUCCCCUCCAGACUGUGCUGGAUGACAGCAUAGGCUGUGCCAUCUGGUUCGCUGCCAGGGGGAGGGGCAGGUUGGCAAACUGUCCUGACAAGAACCAGGCCAAUAACUUGUACUCCUCCCCUGCCAAGGUGCUGUUGGUGGGCAUGGGGGCAGACGAACAGCUGGCAGGGUACUCCAGGCACAGGAGCAAGUUCAACUCAGAAGGUUGGAAAGGUCUGCUGGAGGAAGUGGAGAUGGAAGUGGCCAGGAUCUCCUCCAGGAACCUGGGGAGGGAUGACAGGAUAAUCUCAGACCAUGGGAAAGAAUCCCACUUCCCGUUUCUUGAUGAGGAUGUGGUCUCCUUCCUCAGUUCUGUUCCUAUUGAGUGCAAGGCAAAUCUAACCUUACCCCGAGGAGUUGGGGAGAAGUUGUUACUGCGAGUAGCAGCGAGAGAACUCGGGCUGAGGUCUGCAGCUGUGUUACCAAAGAGAGCCAUUCAGUUUGGCUCCAGGAUCGCCAAAAUGGAGAACACUGCAGAGAAGGCUUCUGACAGAUGUAACAGGCUAACAAUAGAGUAACAUACAGACACGGAUAUCACAUAGAUAACUGCCUAUUUAUUGAUACAUGUAUCACUUUGGCUCUUCCAUCAAACAUUUGCAAAUUGUGCUCAAUGUUUACUACUUGUCUCUAACAGAUUUUAUUGUGAUUUUAUGGUGG